GGGCUUGGGGUUUGGGUUAUGCAAACAUUGACAUCACUCUCUCUCGCUCUUUAUCACCUUCCCUUUCCGAUCCCCUCUCUUCCCUCACCGCCAUACACACACAUAAACAACCCAGCUUAACAACGCCUCUCAAACGACGUCGUCUCAUCAGCACAUACAUCUCUCUACCUCUCUCCUCCAAGCUCGCAGAUCGAGGAUCUCUCUCCCUCGCUCUGUCUCUCUCCUUCUCUCUCUCCCCCCUCCCCCUCUCCCUCCCUUCCCCCUUCCUCUCUCUCUCUCUCUCCCUCCCCCUCUUUCUCUCUAUCCGGGCUAUUUUGUACUGUUUGGAUGACCUUUGUACUAUAUUGGAAGAAUGACAUCGAGUAUGCUUGCUGGCGAAAGGAGGCGGGCCUCUGCAAGAAGAGGUGGGAUGACAGUUUUGGGGAAGGUUGCUGUUCCAAAACCCAUCAACUUACCUAGUCAAAGGUUAGAAAAUCACGGCCUUGAUCAAAAUGUGGAAAUUGUUCCCAAGGGUAGUCUUAGUUGGGGAAGUCGGCCAUCAUCUUCUGCAUCAAAUCCAUGGGGUUCCUCGGGACAAUCUCCAGGUGGUGAUUGUUCUAAUGGUUCCCCAAGCCAUGCUGGGGGUCGCCCUUCGUCUGGUGGAAGUGCCACUCGGCCAUCAACUGCUGGCAGUGAUAGAAUGCAGGAACCCGUCCCCAGUGUCUGGGUUUCUAAUUCUCGACCAUCAUCAGCUUCUGGGGUUUUGACAUCAAAUCAAACAUCAUUGACCUCAUUGAGACCUCAAAGUGCAGAAACAAGACCUGGUAGCUCACAGCUGUCUAGAUUUGCUGAAAAUAUACCUGACAGUUCAGCAGCGUGGGGCCGAACAGGGAAUGCUGACAAAUUGGCAAUAGGAUCUACCAAGAACGAAGGAUUUUCACUAACAUCUGGAGAUUUUCCAACUCUUGGUUCAGAGAGAGACAAUUCUGUGAAGGAAUCUGACUCGCAUGAAUAUGGUGCACAUGAUCGUCCAAGAUCAUCUCCUGGUGAAGUAGCAGCAGCAUAUGACAGAACUGCAACUUCUGAAUCUGAUGUGAAGGCUGGAAACGCUACUUGGAAAAGAGAUGACACCCAACAUGCUGAAGACGGAUUCGAAUCUAAUUUAAAUAGCUGGCAAGGGGGUUACCCCCAACAAUUCAUGAAUACAAAUGUUCCUCAGCAUUUUGAUGCCUGGCGCGGUCCUCCAAUGAAUACUCCGGCCGGGUUAUGGUAUAGAGGACCUCCUGGAGGUCCACCAUAUGGACCUCCCGUUGCUGCAGGUGGAUUUCCUUUAGAGCCUUUUCCUUACUAUAGACCUCAGAUGCCACCACCUAGUUUAGGAAAUUCUCAGCCUGUUCCCCAGCAAGUCCCAGCGAAUGGCCCAAGAGGCCAUCAUCCAAAAAAUGGAGAUAUGUACAGGCCCCCGAUCCCUGAUGCUUAUAUGCAUCCAAGUAUGCCUGUCAGGCCCGGAUUUUAUCCUCGUCCAGUUCCAUAUGAUAAUUAUUAUGGUGCUCCGAUGGGCUACAAUCCUAAUGAACGUGAUAUUCCAUUUAUGGGAAUGUCAGCUGGCCCCCCUGUUUUCAAUAGGUUUCCAGCUCAGAAUACAGCUGAUCAUAGCAAUACCCAUGCCAGAGCCGGGGGACGUGAGCAAGUGGAAUCUGUACAUGUUGAUGAAUCUCGAGGGCCAUAUAAAGUUCUUAUUAAGCAACAUAAUGAGUUUGAUGCCCAAAGUGAAAAGGGGAGCGGCGAUAAUACUGCCCCAGGAAAUGUUUCCUUUCCAGAGAAGGGGAGCCAACAAAGAGCAGUUUUGCACAAUAAUGAGUGGGGGCCUGAUAGUAGAAGGGAAGAGAUGCAUUCUAAAAGACGAACACAAGGUGAAUAUUCUUCUUCAAGAAUAUAUGAUGGCAGAGGAGUACAUCAAUUAAACUCUGCCAGAGUAAUGUCAUCUGAAAGAUUUGACCAAGCCGAUAGGAAUUGGGGAAAAAAAUCUGAGACUGCAUCUGCACCAUCAUCUCUUCCAGAAGUUCCUCAUGUACUUGCAGCUGCCCCAAAGGAUUCAAAUUUGUUACAGAAGAUUGAGGGUUUGAAUGCGAAAGCUCGGGCUUCUGAUGGCCGCCAGGAGAUUGCAUCUUCAUCCAGCAGGGGAGAACAUAAAUAUAUGGCCCAGUUUGAUGCCAUCUCUAGUGCCUCAAAAAACAACAUUGGUUCUGUCGGUUUGUAUGCUGAAAGACCUAAAUCUCGAGAUAUUAUUCAUUCAUCCAGUCAAUCAAGUGUGGAGAGUACCAGCUCAAGGAGAGCGAAUCAUGGUGUGGAAGGCCGAUCGAAACACAGCAGUAAAGAAAUGUUUAACGAAGAUGCUGAUGUUUGGCGGAAGAAACCCCUUGUUGCAGAAUGUCUUGCACCAAUCCCAACACAUGUAGGGCCUGUCCCCAUUGCAGACAACCGUGAUCAUCAUAUUUAUGCAGAGGCUUCUGGGGUGACUGAGACAAAUCUUUCAGGAAAGGAUGGCGGUGAAACUCUAACCCAAAUCCUAGACACAGGUGACACACAGACACAGCGUGCAAGAUUCAAAGAAUUAGCAAGGCAACGUACAAUACAACUUCAGAGGGAAGAGGAAGAAAGAAUAAGGGAGCAGAAGGCAAAAGCUCUUGCUAAAUUGGAAGAGUUGAACAAACGUAGUCAGACUGGGGGUAUUAUGACAGAGAAAUUGGAGAAAGCUCCCCCAAUUAGCGGCAUCAUUGUAGAUCAAAAAGAGUCACAGGUCCUUGCUGAACCUGUAAAGAAUAAUCCGAAAAGUGACGCACAGGAUCCAGUUAUGGCCUUAGGCUCCAAUAUAGUUGGUCCCGCCAUUGAAAGCAGCGCCAUGAGGGUCCCAGAAAGUUCUGUUCCAUCAAAAAAAUUGCAAAUGGACAAAUCAGAGAUAGCAGAACCGGUAACUAAUGCUCCCCAGACUUCAUCCUUGAAACUAGAUUCUAUUGGUGCUGCUGAUGUUGAUGUCAAAGCUGUGCUCGAGGUUAAUGAUAUUGGUUCCUUUAAGCAUGAGCAGACAAGCUGCAAAAAGAUGCCAAAUAUCCAAAUGGAAAAGCAAUAUUCAGAGAGUUUAAUUUCAUUUGGCACAAUUGGAUUUGCAAAUAUUCACGAAAGUAUGGCAGUUGAGGGUACUGCAUUUUCUAAGACCAUUCCUGAAGGAAUUGUUUCAAGUGCCCCACCAUCUUUACCUGAAAAUACCAGUACUGUCGUACGUGAGGUCUCAGCCCAGAGGAAGAGAAGUUCCAAGUCUGGUAAGAAUAAGAACAAGUUUGAGAAUCCUCAACAAGGUUCUGAUCAACAAUUACAGGUGUCCAAACAAGCUGAUUCUGAUAAAGCUUUCCUUGAAAGUGGAAAGAUGAAAGUUUCUCAAAGCCAGGUGGUAAAGGAGGAUGUAGAACAACUUCCGGAGAGGGACCCCAAGGUUAGUGAUGAAUCCCAUGUUAAAAUAAAUAAUCACUGGAAGUCUCAGCCUCCUCGCAGGAUUUCAAAAACUGGACAAGCUAAUAAGGUGGCUGAUAGAUCUCAUGUAAAUGACGCUACUAUAUGGGCUCCAGUGCGUUCCCACCAUAGAGUUGAUGGUGCAGAUGUUGAUAGCAGGACAUAUGCACCAGAUUCUGUUGCAUCGACGACAAAAAAUAAUAAUUUAGGUCUGAAGAGCAAAAGGGCGGAAAUGGAGAGAUAUGUUCCAAAGCAAGUGGCGAAAGAGCUAGCUCAUCAGGGAACCAUUCAGAAUCCAGUAUCUUCCGCUGGUCAGACUACAAUAAAUGAGACUGCUGGCAAAAGAGAAUCUAGUUUCCAGGAGAGUUCUCAGCCAUCAGUACUUGAAGAUGUGGUGUGUACAGUUGAGUCGAAUAUUGGGGACAGUAUGCAAGGUAAACAUGCAAAAGGUCAUGGAGGAUGGAAGCAUCGUGUUUCGACAGAUUCAUCACGUCUUCACAUGAGUUCAUCUUCGUAUUCAAGCAAGAAUAAUCAGAAAUCUACCGACCAGCAGGAUUCCUUCAUACCUGAACCUAUUGUUGCUGAUGCUUGGGACCCUUCUGAUGGGUGGAACAUGCCCGAGGAACCUACUGCAGUUGUCAAUUCCAACUUUGGGAUGAAAGAUCAAGGCGUCGUAAAAGGCAAAGGGAAGAGACAGCCUUACAAAGGUCACAGAAACAUUGCAAAUAAGUAUGAUGAUCAGAAGAACAAUAAUGGUGGGGAGAUGUAUAAAAAGCCAAUUCAAUCUGCUGCCCUUGAGAAUGGUCAACAAGGGAGAAACGCUGCCGCAGAAGAAUACCGGGUCAAUGGGGAAAGGACAUCAUCUCUCUGGCAACCUAAAUCACAGGCAUAUUCUGCUAAUGCUCAGACUGGAAGGAGGUCUGGUGGAGGUCAACAUGUUUCUGAAGAAGCUGGCCGGGGUACGAAGAAAGAUUCUUCCCCAUUUGCCAGAGAUGCUGCUGGAGCCCUGUAUAAAGAUCAAAGUGAGGUUUUUCCUCAGCUUCAUCUUGAUCAGUCCCCGUCGAAAAAUAAGAGUGUUGGAGAGUCUUCGAAUGUUGUAUAUUCAGAAGGAAGGAGAGAGAAGGUUGCUUCAGCAAAAGAGCGUCCUCAAUCCCAUUAUAGGCAUGGUCUUGGCAGCAUGGAUGAAGCGGCCCCUCCUGAUAGUGGAGAUGCUCGUUUUGGAGAACGUACUUCUUCGGGGUAUCGCAAGCAUGGAAACCAAAAUAACCGGUCUGUUAGAGGGCAAGAAUUACGUGAAGAUUGGAGUUCUGGCGGGCAAGAUAACAGGCAUCACAGUGUACAUGGGAACAGAGAAAGGCAGCCACGGAACAUGCACUUUGAGUACCAGCCUGUCGGACCUCACAACCCUGGGAAAUCCAACAACGUUGAGGGGCCCACUGGUGGCUCACAUAAUAUGGGUUCAAGGUACAGAGAGAGAGGGCAGGGUCAACCGAGGCGAGGUGGGAGUAACUCUUACGGGCGAAAGAGCAGUGCCGUUCAAGCUGAUGUUGGCUACGAGUAACAUCCAGAAUAAGUUGAUGCUUGUUAAAGGAUAAGGGGCGUUUAAGGGCAAAAGAUGUCAGCGAGUUUUUGCCAGGAAUUUGGUCAUGAUUGAUUGGUUCUGUAUUCUUCUUAUUCUUAUGGUGCAAUCGGUUUCAUGUUUUGUAUUGUGGUCCCAGUUUAUCACCUGUGGAACCUUUUGGCAUUCCUAACGGAGCCUUGGAUUUAGUAUCUAUCCUUUGCAUGCCCCAAUGAUGUCGGAACAAUUUAGGCAAUGAAUUAGGGAUGUUAGUCUUGUGUAUGAUUCCUUGGCAUGUUUUGAUGAUGCACAAGCUUCUUGAUAUAAUUCUACAAUAUUCUAAUGUGGUCGACAAUCAUGUUAUCUAUAAAUUCAGCUUAGACUUGCUGAGUUUUCAUCAA